AUGGGUACGUUCGCCGGGCAUGCGCUUCCAGGGACUUUCUUGUUCCUCCUUGGCACUUGGUGGACCUUCGGCGCCUGGCGCGUCUACAUUCUCAGGAGACGUGGGCAUCGAAACUAUUCGUGCACCGCUGCGUUCACCUUUCCCAAGCUUCCAGAAAGACUCUGUAUCGAAGGACUCGCAAAGGUAGUGUCAGCGUGUGUUGGUGUAGCAGCGGAAGUAGCCACAGGCUUCAAGCACGGUAGGUUCACAGAAAUAGGUAACGCUCAGCACACAUCGAUGUAUAUCUUCUACGGUCUCAGUGGCUUGGCAGACAUUCUAACCGUCCACAGGGCUCCCAUACCGCGUGGAACUGACUACGGCAUUCUCUUGAUGACUGUUUGCGUCGAGGGGCUUCUGUUUUAUUUCCAUCUUCAUGGCAGGACACAGCUGGACGUGCUUGUACAUACGCUGCUUGUCUACACCAUCGUGGCGGAAGCGGCGUGCAUCGCAGUUGAGAUGGUACAACGACGAAGUACCUUAGCCGCUUUGGGAAGGUCGUUCUUUGGAGUCAUGCAGGGAACGUGGUUCUUCCAAAUUGGCUUCAUUCUCCACAAUCCGCUGCCCAACUCCAGACCGUGGGAUGAGAACCAUCAGAACAUGAUGUGGGCGGCUGUUUUCUACACGUGGCACAUGAUUGGUGUUAUGGUGCACGUAGGACUAAUGGGCGUCUUUGCGUGGCUGUGGUGCAUGUGGUGCGAGGGUUUCGAUAAAACUGAAGACGUGUGCUACAGUUUGGUGUCAACUCGGCCUCAGAUGAUGGAGUCUGACGCUGGGGACAAACCCAAGACUGACCACCGUACUGAGAGCGACAACGAGAUUUUCUCCUAG